AUGGGUUUGCCUCGAGCUCUUCCCGUUGCGUCCGGCGCACUGGCGCUGAUCGCCACCAUCACCAUUGUCGUCAUCCACGUUGUGCUCGCCGCUCACAUCGCCCAAGUUUCACCUGUUCGGACAUCGUCGAUGCUGUCCUCGAUUUUGGAGAGCAUCCUUUUGGUUGUUAUGGGAUGGAUGCUGUCGUCGAAUCUGGUUCCCAAGUUCCGGAACUGUUCAAAGCGCUUCAUCAGCGUCAUGUUCGGCGCCAGCGUGCUGACGUGCACCCUGGCCACUGCUGCGUCGGUAGCCACCAUGAUCUGCCUCAGCAACGCCACGAGGGAUCUGGCGGAUUCCGUCCUGGGUGCAAAGCAGAUGAGCUUUCUCAUCGCUUCGUCUAUCGCCCUCGGCCUCUGCUUUGCGUGUCAGCUUAUCUUCAUCGUCAUUCACUUCGUUCUGGCUCGUCUUUUCGCCCGCGAAGAGACGGGCUCCCUCCACACGGACGAGGAGUCCCGCAGGUCUCCCAACGUCCACAUCAAGUCGGUUCCUUACCACCGUACUUCCCCGACGUUCGACACCAGGAGUCGAUCCACCUCCUUGGGCUCGCAAACCCCGCCGCAGUCGAGCAGUGGCCGCUCUGCGACCGAGACGCUGAGCUCCAUCCGCUCCUCGCUGUCCAACGUCGUCCGACCCAUCUCCUCGAGAACCCGCCUGCUUCCGCUGAGGGAGAAGAUGCGGGCGCCGUCGAUCGACUCGAACCACUACCGGUCACGGUCCAGCAGUGUCAAUGAGGACUCUUCGUUCGAUUCCUGGGACACCUCGUCGGUCGACUUGCAAAGCCGCAUGACGGUCCUCGGCACGUCGUCUCCUGUCCCCGGCAGGUUCCUCGAGACGAUUCCUGCCAGUCCCACCACUAGCCGCAGUCCCAGUCCCGGCAUGCCGCUGGACAUGGACUUGGAGGCUCCGCGCACUCGUCGGCGUAGCCGUAGCUACAGUCCCGGCCCCAAGGGUAGUCUCCGAAACCCCGAGCCUACCUUUACGUUGCAGGCUUCUGCCAGCGAGUGUUCUCUCCGACGCCCCGAGCCCGCAUUCACCAUGCAGGGCUCCGCGAGUGAGUCGCACAUUCACCCCUUGUUCCGGUCCGACUCCCCGGACCCGCCUCCUAUGGUGACGCCCGGCACGGUCGUUACGGCGGCUCCCGACGCCGGUCGCGUCAUUUCGGACCGGCAGAGCGUCCGCCGCAUGAGAAGCGGCAGCCUGCCUUCGGGCCCUAGCCCUCUCAACCACUCCAGUAGUUACGACAACUUCUUCCCCAACAAUCAGCCGUCUGUCAAGGAGAAGGACGAGCUCCCGACGCCUCAAGAGGAAGAUGAGGCUCCUGGCGAAAGACAGAUGACGCCUCCCAUCCCCGAGUGGAUUCUGACCGCCGGGUCCCGGACGAGCCUGACUGGAUAUCAAAGUCGGAAGCUUCGCGUCGAUGGGGACGUUGAGCAGGGGCAAUCAUGA